GUAAACAAAAGCGGUGAAAAGUGUUCUCUGCUUCGUAUUUAAGUGCUUUUUCCUGGGAAACUACGAACCCCACGCAUUUAAAGAUAUUAUUGGGAGGUGCAGGAAGUGACAAUGAACACAUUGAUUCUGGACAAUGGGGCUUAUACGGCGAAAAUUGGGUUUUCUCAGAAGGAUUCUCCAAGAAUCGUUCCCAAUUGCAUCAUGAAGGCCAAGUCUGAGCGCCGACGACCUUUCGUGGGAGAUCAGAUUGAGGAGUGCCGCGAUGUGUCCGGACUGUACUACAUUCUGUGCUUUCAGCGAGGAUAUCUCGUGAACUGGGACAUCCAGAAGACAGUGUGGGACUACAUGUUUAGCGCUGAAUGCUGUGGCGUCAACUACUCGGAGAAUCCGCUGAUAGUCACUGAGCCACUGUUCAAUUUCCACUCAAUUCAGGAGGCAAUGUCGGAGAUAUUCUUCGAGGAAUACGAAUUCGAGAGGAUGUUCCGGACGACAGCGGCGGAUAUGUGUGCCUUCAGCUACCUGAGUCGCUCCAAGAAGCAAUCCAAACCCCUGGGAUGCGUGAUCAUUGACAUGGGCUACAGUUUCACCCACAUUGUUCCCUUCAUCAAGGGGAGAAAACAGAAAUCCGCCAUCCGGAGAAUUGAUAUUGGCGGGAAAGUUCUCACAAAUCACAUGAAGGAGAUUGUCUCGUAUCGGCAACUAAAUGUCAUGGACGAAUCGUAUGUGAUAAAUCAGGUGAAGGAAGAUUCAUGUUUUGUGUCCCAGAACUUCACUGAGGACAUGAAGAUUGCCCGGAAGCGUCAUCCGGACAAUACAAUUAUCCGAGAGUAUAUUCUGCCUGAUUUCACGUCAAUCAGGAGAGGAUAUUUGCGUGAUUUUACACGCAAUGAGGGAGAUCAUCAGGUUUUGGUGCUGAACAACGAGAGAUUUUCCAUCCCAGAGCUGUUUUUCCACCCAUCAGACAUCGGAAUCCAACAGAUGGGCAUCCCAGAGGCGGUCUUGGAUGCCGUUAGUGCUUGUCCGCCGGAAACAGCUGAGCACCUGCUGUCCAAUAUUGUUGUUUGCGGCGGAUCCGCCCAGUUUCCGGGCAUGGGAGCGCGAUUGCAGAGGGAAAUCCGCGCUUUGGCGCCUGAAGAGUACAAUGUGUGCGUGCGAAUAGCUGAGAAACCCAUGAUUUCUGCGUGGCAAGGGUGCAAAAAGUUCAGCCAAGAGCCGGACUUCCUCAAAGCCUGCGUCACUCGCGAGGAGUUCGAGGAGGAAGGCAAUCGGAUUAUCAUAGAUAAGUUCGACGUGUAA